UGUUUGUUUUGUUCAAUAAUGUCCCUCUUUAUGACCAAAUACCUCCUUUUUGUCCAAAAGCUUCGUCAAUAGGAAAGGAGAAACAAGAAAGGCGCGUUCCCGAUCAGGCACAUGGCUGAUGAUUGAACUGGCCACUGAUUGAAAGUGCUGUAUCUCCCUCAUUUUUCAGAGUCAAAGCCUGAAACAAUGCCUAAAGACUGGCCACAUGUAGAGGAAGCCAUAGAGACCGUGAACUGGGCCCUAAGUCUUUGUACGGUGGAUAGGCUUUCAAUGGAAAAACAGCAUUUCAAAAUAAUAGUACUUCCUGGUUGGAUUUUCCUCUGAUUUUUGCCUGCCAUAUCAGUUCUGUGAUACUCACAGACUACCAAUUAUAUAAUCUACUAAUUAUAUGCAUAUCCUAUCUUCUGGGCCUGAGUAGAAAGCAGUUUUAAUUUGGGCACGCUUUUCAUCCAAAAUUCAGAAUGCUGCCCCCUACCCUAGUGAAGUGAAGUUAAGCUUGUGAGUCUAUGUGCGCUGACAACUCGACUGUAUACAUGUCAGCUACAACAGUAAUAUAAAUCACUGACACCCAAUCACUUAACAUAGAGAUCCAGACAGUUUUAGAAUGGGUAACUAUCAGUGGGCUGGUGUUAUCUAAAAACUAAAAGCAUUGUUUUUGGGACAAAUCACUCACACAACCCUAAACCUCAUUUAGAUGUAUUACUGCAUGUGGAAAAUCAGCAAGUUGAGGGGACUAAACUGCUGGGUGUAACCCUAGAUAGCAAGCUGUCAUGGUCAAAAAAUAUAGACUCAUUGGUGGCUAAAAUGGGAAAAGGUCUGUCCAUGAUAAGGCAUUUCUCUGCUUUCUUGAUCUAAAUCCUACAAGCCCUAGUUUUGUCGCACCUGGACUACUGCCCAGUUGUGUGGCAAAGGACAUGUGAAUGUAACAAUUGGUCCAGAAGAGAGCAGCACAUAUUGCACUUUAGAUGUCAGUAGUAUUCAUGUAAAUCUCUCCUGGCUCAAAGUUGAGGAGAGAUUGACUGCAUCACUAUUGGUCGUUGUGUGAGGUGUUGAUGUGUUAAAGGUACUGAACUGUCUGUUCAAGCAGUUGGCACACAGUUCAGAUCUGUACCACACAAGACAUGCAGCCAGAUGUCUCUUUAAAGUUCCCAGGUCCAGAACAGAGGCUGGGAAACACACAGUAUUAAAUAGAGCCAUGAAUAGAUGGAAUUCUCUGUCACCCCAGGUAACUCAAAUGAGCAAUAAAACAAGAUUCAAAAACCAGAUAACAUAACACCUUAAGGCACGACGGGGACUGUGAAGAGACAGACAUUUAUAUAUAUACUGAACCAAAAAAUAUUAACGCAGUAGUUCUGGUCCCAUGUUGGUCCCAUGCAAACCUUUCCAUACACACACAAAACAAACAUUUGUGCACACAUUUGUUAACAUCCCUGUUAGUGGGCAUUUCUCCUUUGCCAAGAUAACCCAUCCACUUGCUAGAUGUGCAUAAAUUGCAUGUAUUUAUUUUGUGUGAAUUUUGUAUUUAGCAUUGAAUUAUCUAGUUUUAUGUAUUUUAUUUGUUGUGUUUUGGCAGCGGCUAAUUGGGGAUCCAAAUAAAACACUAAAUACAAACAUUGUAGCACUGUUGCAGAUAUUUAGUUGAAACCUGGGUGAAAUUGAGAACUAUUAUGUACAUUUAAUCAAAAAAGCCACCAAGCUAUUGUAAAAUAAAGUUGACUAAAACAAUCAAAUUGAAUAGUUUAGCGCUGUGAAAUUAGACACGGGAUAUUAGUCAUAUCACAUGUAGUAUUGUGCUCAGGGGAAAUAUCACUGAUCUCAUAUCGAAAGAUAAUAUCAUGGGAUGACAGAGGAGAUAGAGCGGAUAUCAAUAACCAAAAGCAGGGGUUGGUUGAACGGGUAGCGUAAGCUUACUCCAUGACAUCUGGGAUUUUCCUUUAACCGAUCUGCUCUCCAUUGGGGUGGCAGGUAGCCUAGUGGUUAGAGCGUUGAGCCAGUAACCGAAAGGUUGGUGGAUUGAAUUCCUGAGCUGACAAGGUAAAAAUGAGUCGUUCUGCCCCUGAACAAGGCAGUUAACUGUUCCUAGGCUGUCAUUGUAAAUCAGAAUUUGUUCUUCACUGACUUGCCUGGUUAAAUAAAACAUCUGCUCUUCAUUUAACUUAUCUGCCCUUCCACCUAUCCAUGUCACCCUUUUUUAUUCUCCUAAUCUUCCCUUUCCUCCAAUUUUGUCUCAUUCUUUCCUCCGCCACUGUCCCGUCUCCUAUUCCUCUCUCUGUUUCUUCUGCUCUCCGUCUUCUUCCCCUCAUCCUUCCACCUUCCACCUUCCUCCUCCCUCGCUCUCCUCCCUCUCUCGCCCCCCCCCCCCUCACGGGCCCUGCUGCUGUCAUUGAACCUGUUGAAGUUUGCUAAUUAAGAUCCCAUUCAAAUUCAUCAUACCAUUUGGACAGCGGUCCAGCAGACACAGGAUAAGAGGGCUCCCGUCACCGUGACAACGGGCGCUAAUGGAGACGGUGGACUGGGCGGAUGGGUGGUGAUGAUGCUCCUCCUCCGAGCUACUUAACCCCAUGGCUUUGAUCUGGCCCGGCACUCACUCCUUCUGUCCUGUCUGCUCACUGCACAGCUGAGACUGAGACUGGGCUGUGUUAUCUGAUCUGGGUCCAGACUGGGAGAAAGAGGAUAAGAGAGAGAAGAGGAGGAGAAGAUGUCUACAGGCUGUGGCUGUGUGAGGUCGCCCCCGGAGACAGCGGAACACAGACUGACGGGUGGACAGGAGCACCACUAUCAGAUGGUGGAGCCUGUGAGGACCCUGCUAGAGGAGGGGGCAGGGAUGACCAGAGCUGUGCGGGGGAAACACUGUCCUGAGGCAGUGCACCCCGAGGAGCAGCCAGAUGAGCAGGAACUGAAGAAACCACGCAGGAAAGACACGCCCGUCCUCAACACUCCUCCACUCAUACCAGGUGUGAGGAUGGUGAAAGGAGAGAAGAGAAUGAUUCACAUGGAAGAUGAAGAGAAGGAUGGAAAGAACUAGAAGUCAUUGGAGGAGAGAUUCUUGCCUACAAUUUUUUGUUGUUGACAUCGUUGUUUCCUGUUGUCACAUUACUAAUAUGUAGCCUAUACAUGUUUAUUAUAAAGUAGCUCUACAAUGUGUGGCUGUUAUCUUUCUUAAACAAGGUAUAAAGAUGUUGUCAAUGCAUGCAUUCAAUAUAAUAUACUGUAUCUAGCCAAAGGUUGCACCGUGGCCAUUACAAUGUAGAAAAUAGCACAUAUCUUAUGGAAGAUGCCAAAACGUUGGAGAAAACAAUAGAAUGCAAAGUCAAAGUUACUGGUUUCCAUCUGUGGCAAAGUUUUCCCUAAAUGGUUAUGUCAAAUCCAGCUCCAGAACCAGCCUAGCCAGCUGGCUAGUCUUUUGAAUAUGGUGCAGUUAAAAAAAAAACAACAACAGAUGAUGCUAGCUAGCUAGCUAAGGUUAGCAUGCUAGCUAUUUACAUUGACAGCUGUCAGUUCCCUAUUUGUUGAUGUUUCUCCAGUCCACGUCGAAAUCACCAUGACGUUCUUUCCCACCCCCAAUUCUAAAACAUGUAUAAGUAGCCUGCCUCAUUCAUCAGAGGUGCAACCUAAACAAGCAUUCUUGCUCUAGGGCAGAGAGGAAGAGGCAAAGCGAGAGGUUUUAAUCUGCCCAAAUCUGUUUGUGUAAAUAAGCCUACGAACUGAAUAACUUUUGUAUGGAAGUCAAUAACAGUAUCAAAUUUGGACAACAAAAAAUGUAAUCACUAAUUUGCUACAAGAGGCUUAUUUGAUUUAAUAGAAGUUUCAUAAUGGUUAGGUUGUUGCACUGAUGUAAGUGGACGCAUGUGGGAUUUAGGCCACUUUGAAAAAAAAACGUGUUAAUAUCAGAGUUGUGCUUGUUGUCAUAGAGAUACAGUAUAUAGAGGACUCAUUAUGGAUCUAGCCGUUUUAGCAUGGACAUUGCCAUUGAGGACUUCCACAAUUUUAAAAUAGUCAACUGGGUCGCUAUUCCGAGCCAGAGAAAUCAGCCAAUGAAGAAAAUGUACUACUUUAAAAUAGAGAGAGCCUCAAUGGUGCUGCCCAUGCUGUCCCACAUGCUAUAAAGGCACAGAUGCAAAGACGAGUCCUCUAUGGCCUAUUGUUCAUGCGCCUAUUGUUCAUUGUUCAUGCGCUUAUCUGUCCUCUCAUGGGCUAGAAUGGUCCCAUCUGAUCUCUUCUCCUCCCACGUGUUCCAUCUUUGACAUAUAUUUCCAUUGUUAGAUCACUUGACUAUCUUGUCAAUAUAAUAGACAAUAUCUAGGGCAGGAAUUACAUCUGGUGGGUUCCUUUAAAGCUAGACUAACGUUUUUUUUCAUCUUCCAUAUAGACCAGUAAAGGGCUGGUGGGAGGAGCUACCGGAUGACAGGCUUAUUGCAAUGGCUGGAAUGGAAUAAAUGGAACGAAGUCAAACGUGGUUUCCAUAUGGUUGAUGUGUUAGAUACCAUUCCAUUGAUU